CUCAUUCCUCCAUCAGCGCAUACGUUUGGCUUGAAGCUAAUUUGCAAAACAAUGACUUCCGCAGAUGUUCUGGAUCUGUCCCACCAGCAGUACCCCGGCUUACGAUCCGGGCCCACCUUCCAGCGCCCACCCCCACAGCUCAAUGGGCUCACGGCGCUCGACCAGCGGAGUCGGCGACGACGACCUGGUCGGCUCUCCACCCCGGUUCCCAGCGUUCCUUGCGCGCUCGAUGGCGUGCGGGUGCGGCGAAUGGGGAUGCGGGAUUUGCAGACCGUGAAAACCUUGAUGAGAAGUGAAGGAUGGAACGUGGACUUCGGCAACAUGGCAGCCGUCUUCCGCAUCCAGCCCGCUGCAUUCUUCGUGGUUGAGACGGCAACGGGGGAUGUUAUUGGUCAUUGCAGCGCAUGCGUGCUAGACAAGGAAGUGGCCAUGCUGUCCUACCUGCUGGUUGACAACCAGCAUCAGAAGCAAGGACUGGGCUCGCUCUUGAUGCAAGCUGCCGCUCUAGUGCUCGGCUCCAGGACGAUUUGCUUCUACUCCGUGGAGGACGCCAUCCCCUUCUACGAGAAACGAGGCUUCCAGAAGCGUCGUUUCCAGGCUUUGGUGAGAGACUUUAGCCUGGCUCACGAAGACUUCGACCACCUGUCUCCCCCUAUGACCUUCUCCAUUUUUAAGUCCAGCGCAGUCGACUUUAGCGAUGUUAACGCCUACGACAAGAUCGUGCACGGCAUCGAGAGAGGCGAGUAUCUUCGCAAAUGGAUCCUCGGGUCCCAAAACGUCUCCUUUGUUGCCUUGGAAUCGACCUCUGACCGGGUAAUAGGGUACAUUUCCAUGAGUUUUGCCAGCGGACGCUGGGACAUCAACCCCCUGUACGCUGACUCGGACGACGUGGCCCUGCACCUGCUCAAGCGCGCGGCAGAAGAGGUCGGGGAGCCAAUCAGAACCUACGUGAGGAUCCCUGCCGACAGUUCAUCUGCCAUCAGGCUGUUCCAGCGACUGCGGGAUGUGCAGCAUCAUCGUGUUCUUUAUAUGAUGUCGGACCGCCCGUUGCGAGAAAUCAGCUCGGACAAAAUUUAUUCUUUGUCUACAGUUUGUUAUGGGCUGGUAUAGAGGAGAGCAGGUCGUCUAUACCCCCGAAGACUGAUGAAACAGCGAGUUUCUUCGUCCUCAUUUGUUUGGAACGGGAAGAUGCUGACUCUGUCGUAUGAGUUGCUGGCAGUGGAGAAACUUGUAUUCACUGGCCGUGUCUUCACAGUUCUAUGACUGCACAAGGGAAGCGGACAGACUAUUGCUCAGGGCGAGGGCGUCCAAACCCGAAGGCGUGCAUCCGGUUCGAUAACCGUAAAACCUCCCGGUUGACCUAGAUAUAGGGUGGAAACCUGACCCUCUAAAGGGUUGGGGAAAGUAAGGUAGUGAGAAAGAGGAGAAGGGCACUGCCCUAGCAGAAAAAAAAGACCUCUUGAGAAAAGGGCAGUCUGAAUGACUCAUUUCCCAUACCGCUGGGUCGUCGUACCUUUCAUUUUAGUGAGCUCCCAUCCCCAUUCACAGCUGAUGGAAACGUUACAGCUGUCACGUCUUUAGUCUGGAGCAGCAGAAACUCUGGACAAAAGAAUAUUUUUAACCAAGUGUUCUUGACAUGAACACAGUGCACGUAGCUUGGCAAGAUGGCAUCGUUGUCUAACGAGUGGUUAACUAUUAGACGAUCGCACGCCAUUUCUUGCAGCACGUUGAGGACUGUGAGGCAGUCUCUCUAACUAUAAUCAAAUCACAACAGGGUUAUGUUCAAGUUUGUGUGGAGAAGUCAAAAUGAACAUGUUCCUAUAAACCCGAUCGUGGAUUUCCUGUUUAUUUAUAUGGAAAAUUACUCUGUAUUUGAGAGAGAGGUUGUUUGCUUGUGUGGGUGGGCGGGCAGAUGAAUGGUAUUCCGAGAACAGAUUUUUUUUCUAUCGAGUGCAAUAAACUAUUUUAUAUGACUCAGAAAUCAAAUAUGUGGAGAAUAAAACAUGAUAUCUGGUUUCGGGACUGGUUUCUGUAUGUACUGGAUUCUGGUGCUACAAACAAUCUUGCUGAAGAAGUUCAAAAGUUUUAAAGAAUGGUGUUAAAGCGGUUAACUAGAAAGUACUCCGUAUCCAGGCUUUGGCUGCAUCUUUUUAAGUUUGUUUACACUCGCAUUUUUGUACAAGUUUCUGAGCGAAACUGAUAAAGUAAACCGAAUAAAAUAA